AAUGUCUUUAGCGGAAAAAACUCGAGAGAUAGAAGAAAUUGGAUCUUCUAAACAUAUCGCAUUUGGUAUUUUAAUGCCAAGUUUGGCUGCGUUUGGGCUAUUAGGCAAUUCGAUGUUGAUAAUCAUCUUUAAUCAAAAACGGAUGAAGAGUCCUCCAUCGGUUUAUAUGACUUUCUUGAGUUUAGCCGAUAUUGUCUAUACAAUCCUAAUGUUAAUGCUACUCUCCUCGGAGUAUUCUCAAGUUAGUUCUCGAUCUCCACUAUCUCCAACCUUUUAUGCCCACGCCUUCCCUAUAACUCAAAGUCUGCAAGUUGUUAUGUCUGCUUUAAUAAUCACCCUAACUGUUGACGGUUACAUGUUCGGAUUACACGCUGAAAAGUCCGUCAGAUACAGCACUGUAAAGAAAGCCGUUAAAUUAGCAUUCGCCGUGAGUGGUGUAGUUGUUGUAUUCCAUUUUGUAAAUUAUUUUCAAUUUCGGGUGGUUGUUAUGGAUUUUAAGGAUGGUUCAUCAAGAGAAGUUAUAUGCACGACUGACCUACAUAAUCAGCAGAGCUAUCAAUAUUACGACAAAUACGCUUAUGUUAUAAUCUUUGUUUUAAUACCAUGGUUGCUAAUUCUAGCCGUUAAUUCGGCUCUAUUUAUACAAGUGAAAAUUAUGUCAAUCCGUUCGUUAAUUUCAGUAAAUUCCGAGGAAUUUAAAGACGGAAGAAGUGUUAAACUACAAGCAAUUGUCUCAAUUUUAAGAUUAAUUACAGAGAUUCCAUUCCUUUGUUACAGAAUUGCUGUCUGGACUGAGAAUAUUCCAAUAAAAUUUCAUAUCAAUUGCUUUUUUGAAGAUAACAUACUAAAUUACUCAAACUACUUUCAAAACUUGGAAAUUUGCUACAUAAUGUUCCAAUGUAUCAAUUCAAACAUAAAGUUCUACUUAUUUCUAAUCUUUUCAACAAGAUUUAGAUAUUUUACAUUUGGUUUUCUUGCUGAAAGUUUUGACUUUGAUUUCGAGUUGGCUAAAACGUAUAUGGAAAGAUUUCUACCUGAACAAAAAGUUGAACCACACGAAAUGAACCCACCUAUUUUUGCGACAAAAACAAGUAAAGAAAUCAAUCAAUCAACUAAAAGUAGGGGUGUUGUUAAUAGUGUUUGCACGAUUGAGGAUGAAAACAGACAAAUUACAUCAAAUGAAGCUAAGACUGAUGAUACGAAUAAUAAAAUUGAAGAGAAAGUAGAAGUAUUAAUUGAUAGUGAUUCGGAUACUGAAGAAAUUAUUAUUCCAUCGCCAGAACCUAUAAAAAAACAAAUCUCUUUGAAAAUUGAACAGGAAAAGAAACAUUCCAAAUUAGCUUCUUUAUUAAAAGAAGAUUUUAAACCUUCUAUUGAGUUUACUAGCUCUGGUGGAAGAACAGUCAUGGUAAAAAAAUCAGAUUCUGAAAAACGUGUUCUAAUAACCUCAGCAGAGGUGCAUAGACCUAAGAAGAACCCCAGGAAGAAAGGUGUAGUUUAA